CUAAAUAAAGUUUUAAAUUUAUUUACCUUUUACGUAAUCUUUUUGCGACGUGCAAAAACUCAAAUCCCUCAUUUCUUAACCAUUUUUCCAUGGGUUUCGGAAUUCUUACAACGCCUACUUUUAAAAAAAAAAGAAAAAAAAAAAGAAAAUGUUAGUAGUUAGUACGCAAAAUUUACUGUAUAUAAUAAAAUGGUUACGUAAAUCUUCAGGUGAUACGGUACUAAGAUAAAUAAAUCAAAAAGCUCCAUGAAAGGAGUAUCAAAAAUCUCCACGAAGAGAGUAUCAAAAUCUCCAACAAAGGGAGUAUCAAAAAUCUCCACGAAGGGAGUAUCGAAAAUCUCCACGAAGGGAGGAGUAUCAAAAAAUCUCCAACGAAGGGAGUAUCAAAAAAUCUCCAACGAAGGGAGUAUCAAAAUCUCGGAAGGAGUAUCAAAAUCUCGGAAGUAUCAAAAAUCUCCACGAAGGGAGUAUCAAAAAAUCUCCACGAAGGGAGUAUCAAAAAAUCUCCAUGAAGGGAGUAUCGAAAAUCUCCACGAAGGGAGUAUCAAAAAUCUCCAACGAAGGGAGUAUCAAAAAAUCUCCAACAAAGGGAGUAUCAAAAAAUCUCCACGAAGGGAGUAUCGAAAAUCUCCACGAAGGGAGUAUCAAAAAUCUCCAACGAAGGGAGUAUCAAAAAAUCUCCAACAAAGGGAGUAUCAAAAACCUCCAACGAAGGGAGUAUCAAAACCUCCAAAAAGGGAGUAUCAAAAAUCUUCAACGAAGGGAUUAUCAAAAAUCUCCCUUUUAGCACAUUAGCACGCGUACCUUCAUACAUUUUAAUAAAAUAAAAUUUUUUAACGGAAAAAUAAUAAAAUUGUUUUAACGGACAUAUGAUUAAGCUGAAACUCCCUUUUUUUUCUCCUGUUCGCUUUUUCUAAUUUGUUGUCCUGAUUAGGUUUGGU